AUGGAUGCUCUACGACUGGCAAAUUCAGCUUUUGCCGUUGACCUGUUCAAACAACUGUGUGAAAAGGAGCCUGCGGGCAAUGUCCUCUUCUCUCCAAUCUGUCUCUCUACCUCUCUGUCACUUGCUCAAGUAGGUGCCAAAGGUGACACAGCAAGUGAGAUUGGACAGGUCCUUCAUUUUGAAAAUGUCAAAGAUGUACCCUUUGGAUUUCAAACAGUCACAUCUGAUGUCAACAAACUUAGUUCUUUUUACUCAUUGAAACUGAUCAAGAAGCUCUAUGUGGACAAAUCUCUGAACCCUUCCACGGAGUUCAUUAGCUCUACAAAAAGACCUUAUGCAAAAGAAUUGGAAACCGUUGACUUCAAAGAUAAAUCGGAAGAAACCAAAGGCCAGAUCAAUGACUCAAUCAAGGAGCUCACAGACGGCCACUUUGAGAACAUUGUAGGUGACAACAAUAUAAAUGACCAGACCAAAAUCCUUGUGGUGAAUGCUGCCUACUUUGUCGGGAAGUGGAUGAAGAAAUUUCCUGAAUCAGAAACGAAAGAAUGCCCUUUCAGAGUCAACAAGACAGACACCAAACCAGUGCAGAUGAUGAAUAUGGAGGCUACCUUCUGUAUGGGCAACAUUGAUGACAUCAAUUGCAAGGUCAUAGAGCUUCCUUUUCAAAAUAAACAUCUCAGCAUGCUCAUCCUGCUGCCCAAGGACGUGGAGGACGAGUCGACAGGCUUGGAGAAGAUUGAGAAACAGCUCAAUUCAGAGACUCUGUUGCAGUGGACAAAUCCCAGCACCAUGGCUAACGCCAAAGUCAAACUCUCCAUUCCAAAAUUUAAGGUGGAAAAGAUGAUUGAUCCCAAAGCUAGCCUGGAAAAUCUAGGGCUGAAAACUAUCUUUGAUGAAAAUACCUCUGAUUUUUCUGGAAUGUCAGAGACCAAGGGAGUGGCCCUAUCACACGUUAUUCACAGAGUGUGCUUGGAAAUAAAUGAAGAUGGGGGAGAGUCCAUAGAGGUGCCUGGAUCACGGAUCCUGCAACACAAGGAUGAGUUCAAUGCUGACCACCCAUUUAUUUACAUCAUCAGGCACAACAAAACGCGAAACAUCAUUUUCUUUGGCAAGUUCUGUUCUCCUUAA